GCGCUGCUUAUAGUCGCAGCCGUAACGUAAUCGGUUAAGCGUUCCGUGAGAUACAGAUACAGCACACAAUAAACGCUUUUCGGUUAUAGCCGCUGCUCCACAGCGCUUUCGGGCCAGUUUGUUAGCGGAUUGUGAGACGAGAGCAUCUCUAAACCAAAGAACAAAAACAAACACACAAUAAAAUGGCUUAUCAGUUGAUAAUCUUGGCAUGUGCUUUACUACUAGGCCAGACCUUAGCAAACCCCAUCGAUGCCCCCCAUGCCGCCGACGCUGUGGCCACCGAGCUCAUCGUGCUGCACAACAAUGACAUGCACGCCAGAUUCGAGCAGACCAAUGCAAGAAGUGGCCAGUGCACCGCAGACGAUGCCAAGGCGGAUAAAUGUUACGGCGGAUUUGCACGUGUGGCACAUGAAGUGCGCAAAUAUCGCGAGGAGGCCAAGAAGGGCGGCACUCCUGUCUUUUAUCUGAACGCAGGUGACACCUAUACGGGCACCGCCUGGUUUGCUGUCUUCAAAGACAAAAUUGCCAGCGCUUUUCUCAACAAGCUACAGCCGGAUGCCAUUUCCCUUGGCAACCAUGAGUUUGAUAAAAAUGUGGAGGGCCUUAUACCAUUCCUCAAUGACGUGCAAUUUCCUGUGCUGGCCUGCAAUCUGGAUUUGUCAAAAGAACCCGAACUGGCUGCUACCAAGCUGACCAACUCCACCGUGCUGGAGACCAACGGCGUUAAAAUUGGCGUCAUUGGUUAUCUGACGCCCGAAACCAAAAAUUUAACUUCAGUCAACGAUGUCAUGUAUAACGAAGAGAUUGUGUCCAUCAAUGAAGAAGCUGCGCGUCUCAAGGCUCAGGGCAUUAAGAUUAUUAUAGCCUUGGGUCACUCUGGCUAUCAGAAGGAUCAGCAGAUUGCGCUGCACUGCCCCGAAGUGGACAUAGUCAUCGGUGGACACUCGCACACGUAUCUGGACUCCAAUAAGCCCAUUGCUGAUAAGGAUGACACCAACGCUGAAGCAAAUCGCGGACCUUUUCCCACUGUAGUGGAGCAGCCCAGUGGCAAGAAGGUGCCCGUGGUACAAGCCUACGCCUAUACCAAGUAUUUGGGUAAGCUGCAUCUGCAGUUCGAUGCCGAGGGAAAUCUGCUGCACUUUGAUGGUGAGCCCAUACUGCUGAAUGCUACGAUACCACAGGAUCCUGAGAUCUUGCAGUUGCUGGAAUAUUAUCGUCCUAAUAUAACAAGCCUGGAGCAACAAAUUGUUGGUUAUACUAAGACAUUUUUGGAGGGCGGCACCUGCAGACUGCAAGAGUGUAAUUUGGGUAAUCUGAUUGCCGACUCCAUGGUGCACACACGCGUGCUGGAAGAUGAAAGCGGCAAGUUCUGGACUGAUGCGCCCAUUGCGCUGCUGCAGGGCGGCGGCAUACGCAGCUCCAUUGAGAAGAAUGUCAAUGGUUCCAUUACGGGCAGCGAUGUGCUGACGGUGCUGCCGUUUGAGAAUGCGCUGUAUAUCACUCGCAUCAGUGGCAAGACUUUAAUGGCUGCCUUGGAGCGCUCGGCGGCUAUCAGAAAUGCCGACUCCAAUGGCGGCUUUCUGCAAUUCUCGGGCAUUAAUGUGGUCUACGACUAUGACAUGGAGGAGGGACAUCAUGUGGUGUCCGCUAUGGUGCGCUGCGCCGAGUGUGCUGUGCCCAUCUAUAGCCCAUUGAAUGAGACCAGCUACUACAAGGUGGUUGUCUCUGAGUUUUUGCUGAAUGGCGGCGAUGGCUACGUUAUGAAGGAGAAGGAUGAACCCUUCACACUGUUGCUGAAGAAAAACGAUCAAUUUGCCUUUGCACAGUAUUUGGAAGCUCGCCACUACGUCUAUCCCGCACUUGAGGGACGCAUUGUUAUUCGCGGUCCUACAGAGAAUAAGGAUGAUGGUGCAGCCAGUAUUAUUGCUUCGGUGUCGUUGAUAAUGUUCUCAACCCUUGCCACGCGCUUUUUCAAUUAACUAGUCAUAGCUACCAAAAAUUGUUGAUUGUUGUACUCUAAAGACUUUACAAAUUACAGGUCUUGUGCGUCCUAAAAAUAAAAUAUCUAUUUGUAAAUUA